AUGCCACAGAACUGUUCCUCUGAUGUAGAGGCAGUGAUUGCCUACCUGGAUGGGUUGUACAUGGCUAACGACACAGCUGGAAUCCAGAUCCUCAAGGAGGCAUUCGGUCUAGGGGAUCUUGUACACGUAGAUGACUUCGCCGGUGCACUUCAAUCCAACCUGUUCGAUUGGCAAGCUCUGCAGCCUUAUGUCGGCCCAGGAGCGAUGUUCUUCCAGUUCUGUGAUGCACUCGAGGUCAAAAACGGAAUCAGUGCUGGACCUGAAGGAUGGGGGCUCGAAAAUGCCAUCCACUCUUGGGGAAACUUUUGGAACACCACAUACUAUAACGUUGGUAGGCGGUUCCCUUCGUUUCUGAUUGAUGUGGCUAAACUUGAUAGUGAAGUCUGUGGAUCCAAUGAUGCCGAAACCUGUCUUGGGACGUACGAUACCAGCCAGUCCUACUACACUAAUGUCACCGUGAAUAAUGGAAACAGAUCGUGGUUUUGGAUGGUGUGCAAUCAAGUCGGAUGGUACCAGGUUGGCCCUCCUGAAGGUCAACCCGCAAUUGUGAGCCGCAUUCUCCAACCCAUCCACUACGAACGUGAAUGCGUGAGCAUGUUUCGUCAAGUGUUCGCCUAUCCGCCUGAGCCUACCACAGAAGAGACGAACGCGAAGUACACUGCUUGGGACGUGAACGUCCCGCGUCUCUUCUUCGCAAAUGGCCUGCGUGACCCUUGGCGCGAGACGACUGUCUCUGCUGAUGGGUUGGAUAAGCCUAAUAUUCCCAGCAUGCCGAUCUAUGAGGGCGACGGAUUCCAUUGUUCGGAUAUGAUCACACAGAAUGGCAUUGCGGACCCGACUGUCGCGGCCGUGCAGGAAGCAGGGUUAAAUUACAUGAAGGAGUGGCUCGCUGAGUGGACGCCGUCCACCUAA